AUGGACGACGACGGCGGCCCUUUGAAAAUGACGGAAAAUCGGGGCCCAGAGCUAGUGGUGGUCUGCUCUGUAUUCGUUUCCUUCGCUUUCAUUGCUACUGUGCUGCGGAUCUAUGUACGAACUUUUAUAGUGAAGGCUUUCGGCUGGGAUGAUGGAUUCAUGGUACUCGCACUUUGUUCACAUGUAAUGUUCGCUACCUGCGCAAUCGGGGGCGUCUACUAUGGCACAGGCCGACACAUGGACACUCUGACGAAUGAGGAGAUUUUCAAAGCCAUGAGAUACUGGUGGCUAUGCUACAUUGCCUACUGCUGGGCCAUGAUCGCAUCCAAGAUCUCCAUCGGCCUGUUCCUCCUUCGUGUUACUGUCAAGACAGUGCACAAGUACAUCAUCUACACGACCAUGGGACUCACCGUUCUCACCGGCCUCAUCUUCUUCUUCGUCACUUUGCUUCAGUGUACACCCAUCAAGUUUUUCUGGGACAAGUCCAUCAAGACAGGACAUUGCAUACAAAUGGAUGUCAUCAUCGGCCUCACUUUCCUCUACAGCGCCAUCUCGGUCAUCUGCGACUUCACUUUUGCUAUCCUUCCCGUCUUCCUUAUUUGGGGCUUGAACAUGUCUCGACGGAGCAGGAUCAUGCUGAUUCCCAUUCUCGGAAUGGCUUGCGUUGCAAGUGUAGCCGUCGUCGUACGCAUGGCAUUCGUCAUGGACUUCAAGGACCCCGAUUUCCUCUGGGCCACCCUCGACGUCGCCAUCUGGAGCGACAUCGAACAAGGUCUCGCCAUUACCGCCGGUAGCCUGGCCACUCUCCGUCCCCUAUGGCGCCAAGUCUCGUCCACACUCGGGAUCGCCUCGAGUGGUACCCCAUUUGGCGGAUCCAAGCCCUCUGGCAUGCGCACGCCACAGUGGAAAGGCGUGCCCAGCAACAACAGCAAGAAAAAGCCGGGCUUCUUCAGCCUAUCAAGCACACUGUUCCGCACAGAAAAGGGCACAAUCAGGGACAACGAGGAGGACUACGGCAUGGGCGAUCUCGCACCCAUUCGUCUACGCGACGACCUCGUCCACGAGCGACACACGGAGAAGAGCGAAAAGGGCUUCAACACUUGGACGAUUCAGGCCGGCAAGGUCUCGGACGAGGAGUGCAGGCAGGGCGCCAUCACCAUGCAAACCGAACUCCACCAACAGACUGAACGACGGUAG